AUGAAGUUCUGGGAUGGUUGGGAGGCAUGGGAGAAGAUGGUUUUUGUUAUUGUCAUCGUCAUUGCCUUUGGUGUUCUGAGCUAUAGCAGGUGGAGACUCAGGAAGUAUGCUAGAGCACAGUCAUACCAGGUGGCCGAGCGUGCGAGGGGCGUGGAUUUGAACGAAAUGUUGAUAGAUGACGUCCCUUUUGGUGCAAGGGCACUCGAGAGUGGAGUACGGGUUGAGGGUAUCUGGACUCCAAACCACAACACGCCGUCGCCAAACACCACCAAGUCCACCUCUACGUCUGCCACGUCCAGAGCAGCGGCCUUUGGCCUACCCUUCUCUGCCUCAAGUGAACAGCUACUCACCGAAACGGAGCUCAGAUGUCUCACUUAUCAACAACAAUACAAUGCUUCCAUAGAGCUCUUGCAUGGGGAGCGAGUUCGCGGGAAAGAGAUCGGCCUAGACAGAAUAGUUGGACGGUCAACUGAAGACAUUGCCAUCUUACCAGAAACACUGUUAUGUUUCAAGGGAAAAUACGCAUGGUGGAUUGUACUGGGCAUUGAACUGGGGGCGUUGAUGAGUCGAGAAGAUAAAGACUUGGCGUGA